UUUGAUAAAGUUGAAUGAGUUUAGAUAUCAUUCUUAUUCUGUUAUAAUUGACUAGUUCGAUCUAUGUAGAAAACAGAAUCUGUUAUUUUUCAAUUUAAGGUGGUUAUUAUUGAGAUGAUAUGUAAUGAAGUCAGAAUCUUAAUCAAAAUGAGGUAUUCUGGGUUCCAUGAGGUACUUGAAUUGAUCAUGAUGUCAGAACACUAGUGUGCCUUUUAAUUUGGACAAGUUAAUCUCUCAGCACAAUCCAAAUGGAUCUGCAGAAAUUGAAUCUCGAUAAUACAAAUGAAACCGAAAACUCUUUUGUGAAGGACCAAAACUAUGCACAUAUUGAAUCUUUAUUGAGAACCCAACCAAGAGAAGUUCUAGUAAUUGGAGUAUGGGGCAUGGGCGGUAUAGGUAAGACAACCAUUGCUGCUGCUAUAUUUGAAGAGUUCUCUCCCAAAUAUGAAGUCAAUUGUUUCUUGGCAAAUGUAAGAGAAGAAUCUUCAAAGCAUGGAUUCAAAUACAUAUUCAAUAAGCUUCUUUCUGAGUUACUACAAGAAGAUAUUCAUAUUGAUACUCCCACAAUCAUAUCCUCUACUAUUAUGAGUAGAUUGAGGCACAAGAAAGCUCUUAUUGUUCUAGAUGAUGUGAAUAGUUCUGAUCUUCUUGAUAAUUUGCUCGGAGUAGGACACGAUUAUCUAGGAGUUGGUAGCAGAGUCAUUGUGACAACUCGAGAUAGGCAUGUCCUUACAUGUAGAGCCGUUGACCAUAUUCUUGAAGUCAAGGAAAUGAACUAUCAUAACUCCCUUAAACUCUUUAGCUUGAAUGCCUUUAACCAGAUCCAUCCACCUGAGAAUGGAUUCCGGGAGCGAUCGAAGAGAGCAGUUGCUUAUGCCAAAGGCAACCCUUUAGCUCUAAAGGUUUUGGGAUCGUUUCUUCGUUCCAAAAGUGAAAAUGAGUGGGACAGUGCACUAGCAAAAUUGAAAGGAACUCCUGAUGCAAAUGUUCAUAAGGUGUUGAGAUUGAGCUUUGAUGAAUUGGAUGAUGCAGAAAAGAAUAUAUUUCUUGACAUUGCAUGUUUCUUCAAAGGGGAAGAAAGAGACAAAGUAAUAAUGAUAUUGAAUGCCUGUGGUUUCCAUGCAAAUAUAGGGAUAAGAAACCUUUUAGACAAGACUCUGAUAACAAUAACCAAAAUGAAGAGAAUACAAAUGCAUGACUUGAUACAAGAGAUGGGUCAAGAAAUUGUCUGUGAAGAGUCUGCUAAAAUUCCUGGGGGAGAAAGUAGAUUGUGGAACCCUGAUGAAGUUUGUGACAUACUGAAGAAUGAUAAAGGGACUGAUGCAAUUGAAAGCAUAUUCUUGGACAUGACUCAAACCACAGAUCUACAUAUAAGCUCCAAUGCAUUCAGAAAGAUGCCAAAUCUAAGGUUACUUGCCUUUGCUGAUAGCAUUGGUCAUGGGGGAAGGAGAACUAACAAUAAUUUGUAUCUUCCAACAAAUCUUGAAUUACCUAAUAGCUUGAGAUAUAUUCAGUGGGAUGGAUAUCCAUUGAAAUCUUUACCAUCCAUUGGUUGGCCUAAAAACUUGGUUGAGAUUUCCAUGCCAUACAGCAAUGUCGAAAAACUUUGGGAUGGAGUACAGAAUUUACCAAGUUUAGAGAUAAUCGACCUUCGAGGCUCCAAGCGCUUGAUAGAGUGUCCAAAUUUCUCAGCCACCCCAAAUUUAAAAGAAGUAUGGUUCAAUUUCUGUGAAAGCUUGACUCAUGUUCACCCUUCUAUUUUCUCUCUUGAGAAGCUUGAAUUUUUAGCUGUGUAUGGAUGCAAAGAACUCAAGAGCCUAUGCAGUAGCAAUUGUUCACCUUCUCUUCAUACAGUGGUUGCCUAUAACUGCCCUAAUCUCCAAGAGUUCUCAGUCCCAAUUCUGCAUCAAGAUUCCAAAAUUCAUUUGCAUUUGAGAUCAACUCCUUUGAAAGAACUUCCACCAUCAAUUCUGCAUCUUAAACACCUUGUAAACUUCUCUUUUCCAAUUAGCAAAAAUCUUGCAAAACUUCCUGCAAAUUUUGCUAAUCAAAUCAUGCUUUCUGACAUCAGUGAACACGAGCAAGACGCGGUCGCCACUCUGCAUUCAGUACUACGCAGCCCUGUAUUCAAACAUGUAAAGCUUCUCAAAUUUGAUAAUUGCCAUAGCUUAACCGAACUCCCUGACAACAUCUCUUUGUUAUCAUCAUUAGUGAAACUAAGCUUUCAUAAAACCAAUGUCAUAGGCUUACCUGAAAGCAUUAAGUUUCUUCCACAACUCAAAGUUCUUAAAGUUUGUCACUGUGAAAUGCUGCAAUUUAUACCAGUGUUUCCACCUUCUGUUGAAUGUCUUAAGGUAUGGGAUUGUAAAUCUUUGAAGACAAUAUUGAGUUUGGAAAGUGAAACACCCAAACAACAUGCAGGUACUUUCAUAUUCCUGGACUGCAUGAAUUUGGAUGAAAAUUCAUGCAAUGCCAUUCUGAAAGAUGCUAUUGCUAGGACAAAAUGUUGGAUGGAAACAAUACUAACAAGCGAAUCAGAAGUCUCGGAAGAACAACGAGAGAAUGAAGAUCAUAAUGUGAUUAAUUUUGGGAAGAUCUGUUAUUUCUUUCCUACAAGAGGUAGCAUGCUUCAAGAGUUUUUCCAUGACUACUCUGCUCAAUCUUCAAUUAGUACUGAAGUGCCUCCAAGCUCCAAUUUGUGUGGGUUCAUUUUCUUCUUGGUUCUUUCUGGAGCACAAUCAUGCAGCACUGAUGAACUUGUUAUUAACUUUGAGUGCGAAUGUUACUUGGAAACAAGCUGGGGAGAAAGUAUCCAUGUAGCAAGUUCCGCCAUUGUCGAAUGGGACUGCGAUAUGACCUUUGGAUACCAGCUGAAUGUUAUGCAGGAUCAUGUGUUGUUAUGGUAUGAUGAAGAAUGUUCAAAGCAGAUAAUGGAAACAGUUAAAGGAAGAGAAGCUAAUACUGAAAAGAAGUCCCAUUUUAAUGCAAAGAUGACAGUUAAGUUGGUUGCUAGGCUACCAAACAAAGAGGAAGCAAUGAUAAAAGAGUGUGGCAUCCGAUGGAUAUAUUCAAAUGUGGAGGCAGGAUCAUCAAGAGAGCAGAGAUCCAAGAGAAUCAUGGAAGAUGAAGACUAGAAGUGAAAAGCACAAGGUAAUCAUCCAAAGCUCAAAUAGUUGAUUGUGAUUUUUCAUUGUAUUUGUAUGCUGUGCUUGCUGUUAUAGGUGCUAAUUGAUGUAUAUUUCAAUCAAGUAUUUGGAAUAAUAUCAAUAAAUUGCAAUUGUUGCUGCUGGAAAAGACUUGUUCUAAGGUUGUGUACCUAAAUUUUUUGGUAAGAAAUUUGAUUGUAUUCUCACCUUUCUGUUUGCUUGUUUAAUUU